AUGAAAGACGAACUUGAACACCUUCACUCGGACGCUGCUUAUGACAUGCUAGAAACCUACUUUAUUGGGGACCUUGCAACUGACGGCUCCGCUCAAAAACCCAUAGUUCCCCUCGAGUCCGAUAAGAAUACGUCGACGCUCGGAAAGAAGGAGGCAUUCAUCGAUGUGAGACAGCCGAUGCUGGCUCAAGUUUGGACCAAGAACUUUAAAAAGGACGUUUACAUGAAACAAGUCCAUAUUCCCCGGCACGUUAACUACUCUGCACCGAUCUUUGGACACCCUGCUCUUGAGAUGUUUACAAAGACGCCUUGGUGGGUCGUCCCCUUGGUGUGGACACCGCUUUGGGCGACAUGCGUAUACUAUGCCAUCGGAGCAGUUUCUCUUGCCGGGACACUCAUGUUGGCCCCUAUUGGCUUGCUGAUUUGGACAAUCAUCGAAUACACACUCCAUCGGUUCCUUUUCCAUGUCGAUGACAUCUUACCUGACAAUAGAUAUGCGUUGACUGCUCACUUUUUGCUUCAUGGAAUUCAUCACUAUCUACCGAUGGACAGAAUGCGGCUCGUCAUGCCUCCAGCUCUAUCACUUUUCCUCGCGGUAUGGAUAUGGACGUUCUUCAACUCCUUCCUCCCCACGCCUAUAGUAUUGGGAUUGGCAACAGGAACUAUUCCAGGCUAUGUUGGAUACGACUUGAUACAUUAUUAUCUCCAUCAUGGUCGUCCUUUUGCUGCGCACCUUCGCGAAAUGAAAACAUACCAUCUGGACCACCAUUAUAAGGACGCAAAUCUCGGAUAUGGAAUUACUAGUAAAUUAUGGGAUCGGGUCUUCGGAACCGUUCUGUAUUAA